UUCACAUCACCGCUUGUGGAAGGAAAUUCAAAAUCAAGGAAGGCUUACCUCUGAUGAGCCGUCAGUCGUGAAAGAAAACAACAAACAUGGAAACACAGCGGAAACCAUUAUCGACAAAAAACAUUGGCGGCAGCAAGUUGCCAAUGCCAGGGAGCCGCCUCAAACCCCCGCAGUCUGUGAGUGUGAAGCGAUCUCGCAGCUCAGAAGAGGACAGUGCUGUUGUUUCCAAUCCAAACCCAGGGAAAAAGUUCCGUUCCGAGGCCCCUCCUGCGAAGAUGAGUCGUAGCGUGUCGGUGUCCUCCCUCAACUCCACCCGGCCAACGCGGCCUGCUAACAACGCAAUGGUGAAGACACAGAGACGUCCCCCCCAACGGCCAGCUGGUGCAAACUUGUCUGUCACGAUAUCAGGCAUGCCCAGCAAGAGUGCCCCGCCCAAGAAGCCUCCCCCAGGACCCACCGUGCCCAAGGCAGCUGCUGCAGGCGGUAAGAAGCGAGCAGCAUGGGAUCUAAAGGGGCGGCUCCAGGACAUGGAGCAAGUGCUGCAGCACCGCGACCAGGUGAGCUCCACGCUCCAGGUCCAACUGGAGAGCUACAACAACAGAAUCAACACGCUGGAGUCCCAGAACACCCAGCUGAGUGGCACUGUGGCAGAGAAGGAGCAGCUGUCUACCGAGGUCUACAAGGAGAAUCAGGAGGUCAUCCGCAAACUCAGAGCCACUCAGGAUGAAUUGGAUGACAUGAAACGCAAGUUUCAGCGUGAGAUCGAGGACCUUAACUUCAGCAAGUCAUCUCUGCAGAGACAGAAGGAGAACCUUGAGGGUGAGGUCUCCGCUUACCAGAAGGAAGUCUCAGGGCUCAAGUCUUCCAUUGCCGAGGUUUCUUCCGCACAGGCCAAGAUUGGGGCAGAACUUGAAGCCACCAAGCUGGGUUUAAGUCAGAGUGAGGCUCGUGGUCGAGGCAAAGACACAGAAAUAAGUCGAUUAAACAGUGUGGUAGCAGAACUGGAGCGGGUCAUCGAGGAACAGAACCGACAGAAGAGAGAACACGAGACAGAACGGCGGAAACUCCACAACCUGGUGCAAGAGCUGAAGGGCAACAUCCGCGUGUUCUGCCGAGUCCGGCCGUUACUAGGAGAUGAAACUAUUGCCAGCGACGGAGUCAUCCACCAUAUGAACUUCCCCGACCUCGAUGGGAGGGUCAUGGAGCUGGAGAAACUAGGCGACGCCUCCCUCAAUGAGAGUUCACUAGCAGCAUCUCGCCGGGGUCAGAAUAAGUACGACUUUACGUUUGACAAAGUGUUCCAGCCGGAAACCACACAGUCACAGGUGUUUGAGGAAAUAGCACAGUUGGUACAGAGUGCACUGGAUGGCUACAAUGUGUGCAUCUUCGCGUACGGCCAGACAGGGUCAGGGAAGACCUACACGAUGGAGGGAGGCAGUGUAGAUGAUGACCUGACGAUGGGCAUGAUUCCCCGGGCGGUGCAGCAAGUCUUCAGCACGGCCCGGGACCUGGAGGAGAAAGGCUGGCAGUACCAGCUGGAUGCCUCCAUGUUGGAGAUCUACAAUGAGACAAUCCGGGAUCUCCUUAGUGAGGAAGAUAUGAAACACGAGAUCAAGAUGACGGGGAAUGGCAGCACCGAGACCAUCGUCAGCAACCUCACAGUCAUCUCCGUCCAAACAGAAUCUCAGAUCCACAAGUUGUUGAAGAAGGCGACACACAACCGUGCCGUGGCAGAGACCAGGUGCAAUGAACGAUCAUCUCGGAGUCACUCCGUGUUCCAGCUCAAGUUGAGGGGCAGCAAUGAGUUGACAGGGGAGAACUGUUCAGGCAUCCUGAGUCUGGUGGACCUGGCCGGCAGUGAGAGGGUCAAGGACUCCGGGUCAGAAGGUCAGAGACUGAAGGAGGCACUUGCCAUCAACAAGAGUCUCAGUAACCUGGGCAACGUCAUCAUGGCGCUAGGCAACAAGGAUAACCAUGUUCCGUACCGGAACAGCAAGCUGACGUACCUUCUGCAGAACUCACUGGGUGGCAACAGCAAAACACUCAUGUUCGUCAACGUCUCGCCAAAGGAGGAAUGUUUCCAGGAGACGCUAAACUCUCUCCGGUUUGCCACCAAGGUGAAUCAGUGCAACAUCGGCACCGCCCAGAAGAAGGCCAAGUGAACACCUGUCCCUGUGUAACGUUGACAGUACCGAGCCCAUGGUGUCCUACAGACAGAAGGCAAUAGUAGUGUGACACCAGGUGUCGAGGAUCACUACCUCUACUGGAUAUAGCCUGCAGUGUUGAGGGACUACUGCUUCUGUUUAUAACAAGCUAUUUAUACUGCUGUCUUGGAACUCUGUCCCUGAACUGGGAGGAAACAAGUAGUUACUUUCGGGGGGAGUUUCUGCACCUCCACCCUGUUGUGUUGACGAGUGUCAGGGAAUCAGGAUAGCUCAUGAUAUUCCUAUUCUUGGGUGUCCACCCAACCAUCUUCAAGGUCAAAGAAUUUUGUGGUCCAUAUGUCCUCUUUUCUCAAAUUUGGCCUGUAACUUGUUAAGACAUAUGUUCAAAUGCAAUGACUACUCUCUCAAUCUCUUUCCAUUCCAACAUACUCACGAUAGAGCUCAAAGUAUCAUCACCACUAAGUAAGUUAUUCCCCAUCAGUCAUCAGAAACAUCCCUUCACAAGAAUACCCCAUGUCAUGUUUUAACCCAGUUUGGUUUUAGCUGUAAAUAUAUUCAAUGUUGUCUUUGUCUGUCCUUCAUCUUGUCCUCCACAUCUUGUCUCUCGAUCUCCUUCCUGUCUCUCCUUGCUCACUAUGUACUUUCUUGUGUACAACUAGCUUACCGGAACUCUACAUGAAUGUGAGCUUACAGCCUGAAAACUGUCAGCAUUAUCACAUCUAGUAACACUCCUGCCAACUUGAAACAAGGUGAAACCCCCUUUUUAGGAUAAUCAUACUAAUUGGUCUUGUACAUAUCAAUAAAAUUGGGUGCAAUUGUGAGAUAACUUUAGUUUGUAAGGUCUUGGUGCUGACGUUAUGAAAGCUGGUCAUUUAGCCAUUCCUAGAAGUAUAACAGUAUAUGUGUUAACUUGGCUCUUGGUUCAUUACCAAGUUAAUGUUAAUGUCGGUAGAAUGUCAUUGAUGAGCAUAACCCUUGUAUAAUGAGUAGGUAUUAAUGGAAUGAAAUUCUUCAUGUCAUAUAGCUGAAGUUUUCAUUGUGAACAUGAUAUGAUUUUGUUUGUGCACAGAACGUGUUCAUGGGAAAUGUUGUUUUACUAGGAAAUGUAGAUUAAUGUCAUAAGAUCUUCUACUUCUGACCAUACAAGGAUUCAACAGUGGAUGUUGCCCAUGGAACCAAUUAACGUUGACGCUGACAGUGCUAUGUUCCUCCACCAGAAUACAUUGGGUUGCUGUACUAGUGCAGAAAUAUCCCCGCAGAACAAGCACAUUUACUAGUGAUGUGUUAGUGAGCAUUUUUUGUUUGUUAACUACAUUUCCAUUUCCGGAAUCUAGGUACCAGCAUGGGGGGGGAGUUUUACUGAAGUAUAAUACAGUCAUCAUGUCAGUGUGGCACAAAGUGCAUGAAUGGGUUAUAGACCUGUCAUAUGAAACCAUUUAUCUGUGGAUUUUAGUGUCAGUGUAUUUACAUUUCAUUGUGAAAACUGUCUUUGUAAUUACUUUGUUGUGGUUAUUUUAGGGAGAUAUGUUUCUUAUCAUGUACAUAGACUAAAUAUAUUAAAUAUAAAAUGUAGUUUUCUGCACAUGG